CGAGCCACGACCGGUCUGGCCGUCAUUGCAAUCAUGUUCGCUUUUCUUAGUACUUUAUACUUUGCUUCUGGUACACACGAAACACGGAGCAGUCGGUUCGGCGUUACAUAUGAUCUUGUACUAAGCACUCCCAAAGCGUUCUCACUGUGUCAUACCAGCUUACUCUGGCAUGAAUGGAAAUGGCAUGUACACUAACACCAGCGAUGUAAGACGCAUCUCCGUACCAUGCCGCUUGUGUUGCAUGUUCUCGCCACUCGGGGAUUGGUUGCUAAGAAUAUGUCAGCCAUGUGCGUCAUAUGUUCCCUAUCAGCUUGACAUCGUGAAAACCUUCCGAUUGGUGUGAGCCUUAUAUAAUUCGAUAUCAGAAGAACAUCCAAACACUCUCAAGCCCUCAAACCACAUCCAAACAUGAGUUUCUGCAAGCACUGCAUCCAAGGAGUACGCCACGAGGGUGAGCCUGUGGGCAAACUUGAAACCAUCGCUGGUGUCGCUUGCUACAUCGCCACGCCCACUGUCGACUAUCCUAAGGACAAAGUCGUCCUGUUCCUACCCGAUGUUUUUGGUAUCGAGCUCAGUAAUGCCAAGCUUCUCGCAGAUGACUUUGCAAAAAAUGGCUUCAAAGUCGUUGCAGUCGACUACUUAAACGGCGGUAGACUUGCUGCUGAUGCCAUGAACUCUCCCUCGUUUGAUUUCAUGGGAUGGCUCUCCAACCACGGCGCCGAGCAGACCCGCCCACCCCUCGAUAAGGUCAUCGCUGCACUCAAAGCGGAAGGUGUCACCAAGUUUGGCGCAACUGGCUAUUGCUUCGGCGGUCGUUACGUUUUUGAUCUUGCAUUCGACAAUGCCAUCCAGUGCGCCGUGGUCUCCCACCCCUCGCUCUUGAAGGUGCCCGAAGACCUCGAGACGUACUUUUCCAAAUCGCGGGCACCUCUCCUGAUCAACUCCUGUGAAGUCGAUCAAAUGUUCCCUGCCGCAGCCCAAGCAAAGGCUGAUGAAAUGUUUGGCGAUGGGAAAUUCGCCCCAGGGUACAAGCGCGAGUAUUUCCCUGGUUGUACGCAUGGGUUUGCUGUACGUGGGGAUGUCUCAGACCCGCUGAUCAAAGCCGGGAAGGAGGGCGCAUUCAAGGCCGCUGUGGAGUUCUUCCUCGCGCACCUGUGAGCAGUCUGUCUGUUAUAAGAUUUGCGUGUGUGGUACGAUUCAAUUCAAAUACAAUUUCAAUAUGCAAUUUCAAAUACACAACUGAGAUUGUUGCACGACAUGUCCAGUCGUACCACGUCGCUGGUCGUGUAAGCAUGCCAGCAAUGGAUCUCCAUGCGAAUGUCAUGUGCUCACCGUGUCUAUGGACGGUAUAUAAGAGAUCAUGUAGUGAUUUCCUGCACCCGCAGAAUUUAGAAUCCUAGAUAUCAUUUCAAAUCUUAUUUUGGGAGCUUCGAUAGUACAACAUCCAGAAAUAUGUUCCAACAUACAGACCAAAUAUAUCUAGAUUCUAAACACAUAUUCUAAACCUA